AUGGACACACCUCGUCAAGAGGACGUGGGAACCGUCAGCUCAGGGAGCACAUCGAGGAACCCGGCUCAAGACCAAGACCGUCGCGAGGAUGGCGCUCCUCGAUAUGCCAUACCACCGAGGGAGCUCACCGCGGUCGAGAUCCCGGCAGUUGUUGAAGAUGUUGACCGAGCCAUCAGGGCCUUUGGCAGGGUUCCUUCUCUACGACAUGUCACGGUUCCCAGACGUACUGGGAGGAAGCGCAAGCGUGGGACGGACGGGCCCUGGCAAGGCGACGUAGAGCCUGGAGGCACCGAUGCCUCGCCCUCACCCUCAGAAAAUGUCUGCUCCAUAGCACGCCUCGAUGAUCCGAGGCUUCUGAGACGCAAACUGGAAGACAAUGUCGACAAAUACCACGUCGAGGCUGUCGGAUUGAUCAAGCAUACCCAUCGCUUCAGGGGCUUGGCAGAUUUUUACUGGGACAUGGACAAGUCGUCAUUCGCACAGAGAUUCGUCGACCAAGUGUUGCCCGGAGAUGUCGAGAAGCUAAAGGAGUUCAAGUUUGCACCUGGCAUCGACCAAGGCUCGAAUGUGGACAUUAUACCGCCGCCCAUCUUCACCCACAUGAGCCUGCCAUUCAACUACUUUUAUUCACAGAACCCGUAUGUUCGCUUAACAGAAGAUGGCGGAACCGUCAACACAACAGCGGUCAAGCAAGUUGGCCACUUUAUAGGAACAGAAGAUGCCGCGCCUACCGGGCCCCAAAUCCCCCCCGACAUGACAGAUCCGCGCAUGGUGGAGGUUAUCGCUCAGCUAGAAGAAGCGUUUGAGGAUCGUCCAGUAUGGACUCGUCGGUCUCUAUUGAACCACCUUGCCGGCAAGCUUCGAAAUUGGAACGAGCUGAAAAAGUACCUCAACUAUGCAGCUUAUCAGUUCAAGGGCGGGCCGUGGAGAGAUGGAGUAGUUCCGUACGGAAUCGAUCCCAGGACUGACCCCAAGUAUCGCAUUUACCAAACCCUCAUGUUCAAGCUUCCUAAGCAGAAGCGAGCCCGGAAAGACCAAACCUGGCAAUCCCUACGGAGGGUCCAGAUGGGCCGAACAAAGGAGUUUGUCCAAGAGUUGUCGGCCAGCCACAUGUUCGACGGAGAGACCUACCACACCGAUGGCAAGGUAUGGCAGGUGUGCGAUAUUACAGAUCCAUUGCUCCGGGAGCUGCUGGAUAACGCAGAGGUGCGUUCGACAUGGGAUGUUAGCAGUGGGUGGUAUCACGGAGGCUUGUGGGCAAAGGUCAAGGCCAUCAUGAAGACGAAGCUUGUGGCGAUCCAGUUUGGUCGGCAGUUGACCAAGGAAGAUUUCGCCCCAACGCUGCAGUGCGGAGACCAGACGCCGAUUCGAUCUACUUCGGCCACUUUUCAUCUUCCUCUACCUAAUCUUAACCUAACGACUGAGGAGCUCACACAACUCCGAGGUCGAGAGCCGUCCAAGAAGAAGAGCCAAGUCUACAAUGUGAGAGUUCGCCCUCGCGCUAAAAUAGACGUCGACAUGGAGGAACAGUCUGUUGCUGCCUCACACGAUGCAGAUGCGGAUGCGGAUGCGGAUGCGGAUGCAGAAGGAGAGGCAGCAAGCAUACUAGGCAGGAUGGAACAGAGCGAGGACUCUGAGGCUGGCAGCGAUGAUGAUGACGAGGAUGAGGAUGAUGAGGAGAACGAGGAAGAAGGGAUGGGACACACUGGAUUUGAAGGCGAUGAGGACGACUACGGCGAGCUGGAUGACGAAUAG